AUGUCUGCACGUGUUUUCCUUGGCGAUGAAGGUGCCCGGAACGAGGCUUGGCUUAAGAUCACAAGAGAGUACACAACCAACGGAUACAUUGCUUCAGCAAUCCUACGCCUUUGGCCUAAGCCCCUGAGACCCCUUGUCAACAGAAUCUUUCCCAAGUGUCGCCAGCUACGGGCUCAAGUCUUGGAAGCUCGCAAGAUUGUCAACGAGAUCAUUGACAGGCGCCGCAAAACUAAAGCAGAUGCUCUACGCCAAGGCAUUCCUGCACCCGUCUUCAACAACGCCGUAGAGUGGUGGGAGCAAGAUACCAAAGAUGAAAGCGUUGAGUAUGACCCAGUCAUCGGCCAGCUUGUGCUUUCACAAUCAUCCAUUCACACGACGACCGACUUUCUCACGCAGGUCAUUUUGGAUAUUGCUGCCAAUCCGGAGGUCAAAGGUCCACUGCUCGAGGAGAUCAAGCAGGCUAAGAGCACGUAUGGGUGGUCCAAAUCUGCUUUGUACAGUAUGCGCCUUACUGAGAGCGUUAUGAAAGAGAGUCAACGGAUGAAGCCCAUUGCGCGUUGCACCAUGAAUCGAAUGGUACUGGAUGACAUGUAUCUUUCUGACGGCACGCUAUUAAAAAAGGGGGCUCUCCUGGGAGUCUCGGUAGACCGCAUGUGGGAUGAGCGGGUCUAUGAGAACGCGCAGAAAUGGGAUGGCUGGCGCUUUUAUCGCAAGUAUCAGCAAUCUCCAGAUGCCAGGGAUGUCCCCAUAGUCAACACGGGGCCUAACUAUCUGGCCUGGGGGUAUGGAAAAUUGGCUUGCGCUGGCCACUUCUUUGUCACCCAGGAGGCAAAGAUAGUCUCAUCUCCAUCUGAUACAAAAGUCUCGGCGUUUGGACUCGUGUUAGCAUCUAACCUUAAGGCGAGAAUUAAGAUUCGUAGACGUGCUGAAUAG